UUGGGAGAAUGAGGCACUGUGAUGUAGAGCAAUCGAUUUGAGACAUUCUCAUCUGUUUAACAGGAGGGGCUUCCCCUGCUUCCCGACUCCACAAUUUUUGCUUUGCACCUUCCUCCGCGUACCCGUGUCUACAUAUCUUAGCUGAAUCGGUUCCCUGACUCCAUCCUCAGACACCCGGCUUUCCUAGUUUCUAAUGUCGCCCCCACACUGUUCCUACACCUUUUCCGUAGCUCCAGUAUUUCAGUUCCCACGUCCUUUGCUGUACGGCACUAACACUAUUCGAAACAUGGCACCGCCCACUUCCUUCCCAUUCCAUUCAUGGGCGCGGCCAUGUUAAUCCUCGGCUCCAGCGAUUCACAACCCGCAAAGUCUCGCGAAAGGCGAGUGAGGGGCUGCUCCAGUUUCCGUGGUUACUGGGAGAGUCCCACGGCCCCUGAAGUGGUGGGGGCAGGUCCUAGCUGUCAGCUGAGGGCCCACGAGAAGAGGCAAGAGGCGGGAAGUUGAAGAGCCCGAUUUCAGAAAAGGAGGUUUCAGUCUUUGGCCGCGGUAUUGGGAGUUAGGGAUUCAUGUAUGAUCAGCGAUUGAGCGUUUGUAGCGGUCCGUAAUUUCCGGUCCUGUUGUGGUGAGUAAUUGAAGGGCGAUAUACCAGAUAGUAGCUGCUUCCUUGCAGAGCUUGGGAUUUAGUGGUGCUGCUGGUAGUAGGCCAGGCUGCGGUGCGGGUAACCAAGCACCUUUCUUUCCCACGCUCAGCCUUGGGGGCGGAGACGUCCUGCUCUUGGCCACAGGUUCCCCCGCCCCCAGGAGAAAUGGCGGCAGAAGGAGGUAUUGCACAGAGCAGGGGCAAAGUCAGCAAGUUAUUGGAUAGGGGAAAACGCUCCUACCCCUUUCCCUCACCAGAUUGGCGGUGGGACCCCAGGGAGAGGCAGUCACUUUCCCACGUAGAGGUCAGAAUGGUGGCUGGGGGUGGUGCCGGAGUGAAGAAGCCUGUCAAUCUAUCCUGAAGAAAAGACAGGAUUGGUCGGGAGGCGGACCCUCCCAGAACACUGGGAAGUUUGGAAAGUUAAUUGGACGUUCUGAGAAAGCACCUGGUCCUCCCACGCCAGAAACUAAUAUAAACUCAGGGGGAGGAAGGGACACUCUCUUACUCACCUGGGGACCAUACUAUUUGGUGCAUUUGAGAUAGCUGCCCCUUCUAAAGAGCAACAGAAAAUGACUAAAUCCCAGGGGUUUGUGUCAUUCAAGGAUGUGACUGUGGACUUUACUCAGGAGGAGUGGCAGCAGCUGGACUCUGCUCAAAGGAACCUGUACAGGGAUGUGAUGCUGGAGAACUAUAGCAACCUUGUUGCAGUGGGGUAUCAAUCUCUGAAGUCAGAUGAAAUCUUCUUGUGGAAGGAAGGAGAGCCAUGGAUGGCGGAGGGAGAAAUCUCAAGUUGGGCUUAUCCAGCCUUUGAAAUUAGACCCAAAGUGAAAGAAUUAACUCCACAGAAGAUCAUUUCUGAAGAAGUGGUACUCCAUAACAUGAUAGGAUACUCAAUUUCUGAAGACGGGAAACUGAGAGGUGAUAUAAAUCACCGGGAAAACCAAGACAAGUUUUUGAACCAAGUUGCAUUAGGUAAUAGUGAGUCACUGACUAAGGAGCUAAACCAUGAAUGUAAUACAUGGGGGAAAGUGUUUCAUCUGAACACAGCUAAUGAGCACAUCAGAGCCUCCAUGCACAGGUCACACCUCUUUAUACAACCACAAACUGUAACCAGUGAGAAACAUAAAUGUGUUCAGUGUGGAAAAGCCUUCACUGGAAAGUCAGGACUCACUGUUCAUCAAAGAAUUCAUACUGGGGAGAGACCAUACAAAUGCGAUGAAUGUGGAAAAGCCUUUACUCAGAAGUCACAACUCACUGUACAUCAGAGAACUCAUACAGGAGAGAAACCCUAUGAGUGUAGUGAAUGUGGGAAAGCAUUCAUCCAAAAGUCAAACUUCAUUAUUCAUCAGAGGAUUCACACAGGGGAGAAACCCUAUGAAUGCAGUGAAUGUGGGAAAGCUUUCAUCAAAAAGUCAGCACUUAGUGUACAUCAAAGAUCUCAUACUGGGGAGAAACCCUAUGAAUGCAAUGAAUGUGGGAAAACUUUUAUCAAAAAGUCAACACUCAGUGUACAUCAAAGAGCUCAUACUGGGGAAAAACCCUAUGAAUGCAAUGAAUGUGGGAAAGCGUUCAUUUGGCGGUCACAGCUCGUUGUACAUCAGAGGAUUCAUACGGGGGAGAAACCCCAUGGGUGUAGUGAGUGUGGAAAAGCCUUCAACAGGAAGUCAGAACUAAGAUUACAUCACAGAACUCAUACUGGGGAGAAACCCUUUGAAUGUAAUGAAUGUAAAAAAGCCUUCAUUCAAAAGUCAGAUCUCAUUAUCCAUCAGAGAACUCACACCGGGGACAAAAGAUAUCAAUGCAAUGAAUGUGGGAAAGCCUUCCUCCGGCGUUCUCAGUUCAUUGAACAUCAGAGGAUUCAUACUGGGGAAAAACCCUAUGAAUGCAGUGACUGCAGAAAAGCUUUUAUCCAGAAAUCACAACUCAUUGUGCAUCAGAGAAUCCAUACUGGGACUAAGCCAUAUGAAUGCAGCGAGUGUGGAAAAGCCUUCAGCAAGAAGUCACAUCUCACUGUGCAUUACAGAAUACAUACUGGAGAAAAACCCUAUGAAUGCAGUGAAUGUAGAAAAGCUUUCAGCAAGAAAUCGACUCUCACAGUUCAUCAAAGAAUUCACAUUGAACAGACACCCUUUCAAUUGAAUGAGAAAACUUUAAUUCAGUGAUCAAAAUUUUAUUGCACAUCAUAGAACUUACAUGGCUAGAAAUUAUAUGAAUUUACAUGGGAAGCCUUCAUUAAUAGCUUGAGAAUUAUUAAGCACUACAAAAUUCAUAGUAAGAAGCAAGCUUGAAAAAUCAUGUUUCAAAACAAAACACUGCUAUAUUGGACAUUUCGGUUCAGACCUAACAGUAAGAGUUUUUUUAUAAUAUGCUAGAAAAAUCUCAAUUACAUAUAAUUGACUUGUUAACUAUAAAGGACAACUUUUUAAAAUGCAGAAGUAAACUGAAUAAUCAGGACAACAAUGGGACAACCACAUGUAAUCAUCCUGCAAGUGAUGUAGGAAUGGCAUUCAAACCCAAAUUGUGUUAGUGGGAAGUGAAUGUGGGUAUUUACACCUGCCUGCCUUCACUCUAAAUGACAUCAUUUCCCCCCGCACCUUAAAACACAAAGUGUAAAAGGAUAAAUUGUGUCUGCAAAAGCAGUAUGGUUUGUUACUUACCAAGAGUAUAAAAAAGUAUUACAUACAGAUCUUCCUCACUUUCUUGAUGUGUAUGGAAUAAAGAGGAUGAAACCUAAGUAUUUGUAAAGACUUCAGUAGUCAGUGGUGGACUUAAAACAAUAUUUAAAGCAUGCAGGGAGAAGAAGGACACCGAACAACACAAGGCCGAAAGAAGACAGCAGCGUGGCUGUGGACAGUGUUGCCGUUCUGAACACAUCACAGACGUUCUACACAAGGAGUUCCUGUCAUGCUCCUGUUUUCAACUCCGCAUAGUGUUUACAUAAGCACUGUUGUGUGCACUUCAGGGUCUUUGUAUCUUUGUGAUGAUCAGAAAUUUUUGAAAGCUUCCUUUGUUGUACAUGUCUACCACGUAAGCAUCGUGUCUACUUAGCAUUUUGACAUGCACUCUUUAAUCAUUGCAGCAAAUGUAUGAGACUGGCAUUAUCACCAUUCUAUAGACGAGGCAAGUGGAGCUUGGACGUGUUCCCUGACGCAGCAAAGGCCACGUGGCAGUGGAGAGUUGGAGUUCGGACCAACUUCUUAAUCCCCACAGUGUCCUGUCCUACUGGGGACAUGGAGGACUGGGCACCAUGUCACUUCACCUCCAGAUAGAACUGAGUUGGUUUGAACAUCACAUGGUUUUCUGUAUUCUGUUUCUACAUUAUGUUGAGUAAUUUAACAAGAAAUGUGUUUUUAAAGGUUAUUAGAUUCCACUUUCUUAUUUGUGGAAUCUAUUGGGGCUACAGUGUUUUUGAGAGACUGGUUCAUGUGUAUCUGUUUUGCUGCUCUGUAAAUUUCCUUGUGACAGCCUAAGUAUUAGGAGUUAUACUGUUAUUUUUUAGUUUGUUUG